AUGUCUACCACCAUAACUACAGCCACCCUCCCCUCCUCUCUCAGCACAUCCACCUCCAAACCCGCGUGCCCAUCUUCAUCCCCAAACACCACCUUCACCACUCCAAAUCCCAAUACAUCCCUCACAAAAACCCUCCACCGCAUCUCCCUCCAUCCAACCCUAACCCCCUACCGUCGCCGCCUCUACCGCACCCUCCUCUCCAUUCCUCCCGGCCGCUGGACGACCUACUCCGCCCUAUCAGCUUAUCUGGGCUCAUCCCCGCGCGCUGUUGGCAACGCGCUGCGCACGAAUCCUUUUGCGCCGGGCGUGCCGUGUCAUCGGGUCUUGGGGAGUGGGGGGUGUUUGGGGGGGUAUAAGGGAUUUUGGGCUGGGCGGUCUGGGGGUGCCACGGGUGCAAAUGGAAAGCGGGAAGGGAAAGGGGAGGAGAAGAGGGAGUUACUGGAGGAGGAAGGCGUUGUUUUUGACGGGGAGGGGAAGGCGAGGGGGGUUUGUUUUCGGGGGUUUGUGGAGGUUGGGGGGAAGGGUAAAUAA